CUUGGAUUGAUUACUCGAUCUUGCUGAUUUGGUAUAUCUUGGAAAAGUGGUCGGGUACCGCAUCCCAUUACGGGAGAGGACGGUCGCGUACAGGGUUGUUCCUGGAUGAAUGAUUGUGCGCGCAUCUCAGAGCAAGGGUCAGCCCGGCAUCAUAUGCAGUGGUCAUACAAAGGAACUGUUUGAGCAAACCUGCGCGUCGCGACGAGGAAGCUUUGCCCCCCAAACAACACUCGUCUUCUAACAAGUGGAAAACGAAGCCCGAUAUCAGCACGCUUGACCUUCAGAUACCAACCACUCAACCACGAUGGGUCUCCGAACCUUCAUGCUGAGCCUGCUGGGCUCCAAAUCCAACAAGAAAAAUGCCUCUGCUGAUUCCAACCGAACCGUUCCAAAGGCACCGACAGAUGAAUCCAAGCGCAAAAAGAAGUCCCGAAUGAGCGAGUUCCCCAUGCGAUCCGAACCCGAAUACACCACAAAGGCACGGCCAGCAUCCAGUGCCGCGCUCAGCAGUGAUCGCAAGCCCAAGCGCUUCUCCCUCGGCGGUCGUCUGAGCCGGAGGAUCAGCAACUACACCAUCGGCGACAUCCGCAACAGCGGCGAAGCCGCACCGCCCUGCGUCCCGGCCAUCCCGACACACUUCCAGCAACCCUCCCAAGGCCACCCGGCGACCGCCAAACUGCCCGCCAGCCGGCGCACGCACAGCAAUCCCAAAAACCUCGUCCUCGCCAGCCACGGGUCCAGCCCAGGCGCCUCGCAACGGCAACAACAACAACGGCACAGCCGGCUCUGGCAAUCCUCCAACCCGGAAGGACCCCACCAGCACGGCCAACAGCGCAGCCCCGUCAGCAGCCGCGACACGACGAGCGAACGUCUCCUCGGCAACAACGCCUCCCGCAGCACCCUCUCCGUCAGCCGCAACAACAGCAGCAACACCACCACCUCGGACUCCCUCGUCACAACCACCACCCACGACUCGCGCUCAACCAGCUGCUACAUCCCGCGCAGCGCCGCCAAGGGCUUCCUCAACUCGACCUCGGGCGCCUCCGAGGAGGCCCAGCGGGAAUGGCGGCGGUCGGCCAUGCUCCUCGCUAGCGGCAGCGGCGGCAUCAUCGGCGGUGGCAGCAGCAGUGGCAGCAACGGCAGCAGUGGCAAUCGGAGUCCAGACGAAGACAGAGUCCGUCUCACGGACGACCACACCCGCGAAUGGGAGCAUCUCAAGGCGAGAAUGCCGGCGUUUGAAGCCCGGCCGGUGGUCUUGCUCGAUGUGGACGAGGUGGAUCGGAGGCUGGGGAGGUUCGGGGAGCGGUUCGAUGCAGAGGAGGAGGAGGUGGAGUACAGGGAGAUUCAAGCGGCGAGGAUGCAGGCUCUGGCGGCGUUGGAACAGAGGAUCUAGGAAGGGGUGGAGUUCUUUUGGCUGGUGCUGGUUGUGUCGGCCAGAAUGU